AUGACUGAAUCAAAGAUAGAGGUUAUUUCCAUAAAUGAUACCAAAGAGGAAAGCCCAGAGACUGUGGUGCCGCAUGAACGUCAAGUUAUUGACGAAAUUAUCAAAAUCUGGAAAGAAGAUCCUUCUACUGAAACUUUAGGUAUGAGUAAACUUCAUGCAUUGGUUAAGUCCAAUCAUCCAAAUUGGUCUUUAAGUGAAAAAAGAGUGAAAACGCUAUUGAAAAAGUUCGGUUUGAGUCAAACAACCCAAUUCAAUUAUGCUAAUGAAAUCAAAUCCAUUGAUAAUCCUGAUUUAGAACUUCCAGAUAAGAUCAAAGUGGUAAUGACUACUAAGAGAGGUAAAGGUUUGUUUGCCAAAACUGCCAUUAAGAAAGGUGAAUUGUUAUGGGAAGAAUCUGCCAAAUUCUUUGUUCCUCCACUUGCCAACCUCAAGCUUGUCAAGCACGGUAAAGCAUGUAGUAAUUGUGGGAAACUUCUAAACAAAAGAGGUCUCGAUUGUAAUGGAUGUCUUGAAAUGUGGUGUUCUCCACUUUGUAAGAAUAAGAACUUUCCCUUACAUUGCUUACUCAAACAUAUCAGGAAAGGAAACCGAGAUUUAGUCAAUGCUGAAUAUUAUCUUGAACUAGAAGAGUAUGUAAUCAAGGAGAAUUGGAAUGCUUUAUUUGCCAUCACUUUGAUUUAUGCUGAGAUUCUUCAAGAUAAGACUGGUCAAAGCUUACAAUACUUCAAAGCUAUGGCCAGAGUUAGUCAAGAAAUUAGAUACAAAGCAUUAGAUUCAUCAGCAGGAUCAUUUGAUAGUCUUUCUGGAGGAGCUUUAUUCGUUCAAGAACAACAGGAGAAUCUUUGGAAGGAAGGGUUUGAAAAAUUUUCUAAAGUAUUCCCCAGUGCUAUCAAGAAUGGGGACAUUGAUUAUCAGGAGUUCCUUGUGAUGUUAGGGUCAUACAAUAUCAAUAACUUGGAUAGUUGUAUCUUUGAAAUCCAUUCCCAUUUGAACCAUAAUUGUAAUCCAACAGUGGAUGUCACUUUUGCUACCAACAGAGUUGAGGGUGUGAGAGUGUACGCAUUAAAGGAUUUAAGUCCUAACGAAGAAUUAACCACCACCUACGUUAACCCAAGUCAUACUGUUCAACAAAGACAACGAGAAUUGAGAUGUAAUUGGGGAUUUACUUGUGCAUGCCAAAAAUGUAAAGACGAUUUAAAACAACAAUCUGGAGCUAAAGAAAGAAAGAAAUCAGAAACUAUGAACAAAUCAGAUAUUAGAAAGAUGUUGAGUGAUGAUACCGAAGAGUUCGAAUUAUCAGUCCCUGAAAAUACAGGGGAAAGAAGAAAAUCAGUCAGAUUCGAUGAAAAGGUUAUAGCUGUUAGUGAAUAA